CCCGGCUCCGCGCCAGCCGCAGCCAAGGAGCCGCACGCACCGGGAGAACUCUGAGUAACUUUGAAAACAGAACAGUUUCAACCAAGCCGAAGCAGCCUCUCUUCCCUGGGACAUAAAUCCAGUUUAGCUGAGCUACCACAGAUAUAGAUCAUCAUGGUGAAGGGCCACCUAGGAUACUGGAUCCUGGUUCUCUUCAUGGCCACCUGGAGUGACGUGGGCUUAUGCAAGAAGCGACCAAAACCUGGAGGCUGGAACACUGGGGGAAGUCGAUACCCCAGCCAGGGCAGUCCUGGGGGCAACCGCUACCCACCCCAAGGAGGCACAGGCUGGGGACAGCCCCAUGGGGGUGGAGGCUGGGGUCAGCCUCACGGAGGUGGAGGCUGGGGUCAGCCUCACGGAGGCGGAGGCUGGGGUCAGCCUCACGGAGGUGGAGGCUGGGGUCAAGGCGCUGGCACCCACAACCAGUGGAACAAGCCCAGUAAGCCCAAGACCAAUAUGAAGCACGUGGCUGGAGCUGCUGCAGCUGGGGCAGUAGUGGGGGGCCUGGGUGGCUACAUGCUGGGGAGUGCCAUGAGCAGGCCCUUGAUCCACUUUGACAAUGACUAUGAAAACCGGUACUAUCGGGACAACAUGAACCGCUACCCCAACCAAGUGUACUACAAGCCGGUGGACCAGUACAACAACCAAAACAACUUCGUGCAUGACUGCGUGAAUAUCACCAUCAAGCAGCACACAGUAACCACCACCAGCAAGGGUGAGAACUUCACCGAGACCGACAUCAAGAUCAUGGAGCGUGUGGUGGAGCAGAUGUGUAUCACCCAGUACCAGGACGCAUCCCGGGCCUAUUAUCAGCAGGCAGCCGGCGUGGUCUUCUUCUCCUCCCCGCCUUUCAUCCUGCUCAUCUCCUUCCUCAUCUUCCUGAUUGUGGGAUGAGGACAGACCUUCUGCUUGCCCCUAUUUCACCUAUUUUUGCCAGGUUGGGGAGGGGUGUCUACCUGCAGCCCUUGUAGUGAUGGUGUCUCAUUCUUGCUUCUCUCUUUGUCACCUGUAGGCUAAUAUCCUUGGCCCUGAUGGAGACUAAAAAUGGUAGAGUAGACCAGAAGGCCAGUUAUCCAAGCCCGCCAUUGGCUUGAGUCAUUUUCAUGGGCCUGCGCUCUGGCAGGACUGGGAAGGGUGGUUGACCUAGAGAUCUAGGCUGAUCUAUCUAUAAAUAAAUAAAUAAAUAUAUAUAUAUAUAUAUAUUUAUAUUUUAAUGGGUUUUCUUUUGUGUCUAGUACAGUGGAUUGAGAUUUAAACCAUUCUCGGAACAGUUGUUGAGUACCUUUGCCUAAAUCUAUCUGGCUCCUUCUCCAGCUAGAGCCUAGUACGCUUAACACCCCACCUUAGCAGUCCUUCCAUAGCCCUUGGGGAAGUUUCUUAUGUCUGAUGAGAAGCUGAUGGCAUUUUCCUAUUCAGGCCACAGUUUCUGCCAAAUGUGGAAGGAGGCCACAUGAUACUCAUUUAGAAAACAGAACUUGGUUUACCUUAGCUCAGUGGCACCUCACUCAGUCCUAAGAGCAAAACAGGGACCAAUGUGUGCAGAGAACUGUGACAGCAUUUUGUGUUUUAUGUGCAGGCUACACAGUAGCUGCUAUAUCAAGAGCAGUUAGUCCUGCAACCUCAGAGCUGGGGGAAGAGAAUAUUUCCUGGGGAAUGAAUAUAGCUGAACAUAA